AAGCUAAGCGCAACGAAAAACAAAAGAAGCUGAGCGCGGAGCCCCCGAAUCCAGGGGGAAAUUAGUUCAAAAAAUCAAAUGAGUUUGUUCUUCCAUUGGAAUAUCAGAAUGUAUAAAAAAGUAAAAAAGAAGAAGAAGAAGAGAAUAGAGGGAUAAUUGCUUUCAUGAAUUUCAUCAUAUCUUAAAAAUGGCAGAACCCUCGUGCUCCUCUCAUCUGCGGAGAUAGAACACUGUGUAGGUCGUUACACUUUGUAUUUCUAUCUAUGCAUAAAUAGAACCGAAAAAAAAAAUGAGGUGCAACAGUACGGCUCAGAAGCGGAACCCCAUCGCCUCAAAGAAGUCGGCGCCUCCGCAGAACGGCUCCACCGCUGAUGGGACCAACCCUAAGCCCUCCUCCCCUUCUCAUUCGGUUGUUGCAGGGGAGAGGACAGUGAAGAAUCUGAGAUUGUCUAAGGCACUUACUAUUCCUGAGGGGACCACUGUGUCAGAUGCCUGUAGGAGAAUGGCGGACAGGCGUGUUGAUGCUGUUCUCUUGACUGAUGCUUAUGCCUUGCUUUCUGGGAUUGUUACUGAUAAGGACAUAACUACCAGGGUCAUGGCCGAAGAGUUGAAACCAGAUCAGACAACAAUUUCGAAAGUAAUGACAAGAAACCCAAUUUUUGUGAACUCAGAUUCAUUGGCUAUAGAUGCUUUGCAAAAGAUGGUCCGAGGGAAAUUCCGGCAUCUCCCUGUGGUUGAGAACGGUGAAGUUAUAGGUGUGUUAGAUAUUACAAAGUGUCUGUAUGAUACCAUAUCAAGAAUGGAGAAGGCUGCAGAGCAAGGAAGUGCAAUUGCAGCUGCAGUCGAAGGCAUCCAAUGUCAACUUGGAAACAAUUUCUCUGCACCAUUGGCUUUUAUAGAAACACUUAGGGAGCGCAUGGUCAAGCCUUCACUGUCCACUAUCAUUUCAGUAACUUCUAAGGUUGCAACUGUAUUGCCUUCAGAUCCUGUUUAUGUUGCUGCUAGAAGAAUGCGUGAAUUACAGGUCAAUUCGGUUCUUGUUAUGCUCGGAAGCAACAUCCAGGGGAUACUCACCUCAAAAGAUAUACUAAUGCGGGUUGUAGCACAAAACCUAUCUCCUGAGUUGACAUCCAUCGAAAAGGUUAUGACUCCCAGCCCUGAAUGUGCAACCCUAGAGACAACUAUUCUGGAAGCAUUGCACAUAAUGCGUGAUGGGAAUUUUUUGCAUCUUCCAGUUGUAGACAAAGAUGGAGGUGUGGCUGCCUGCCUUGAUGUUUUGCAAAUAACUCAUGCUGCAAUUUCUAUGGUUGAGAGUAGCUCUGGCACUGUGAACGACGUUGCAAAUACAGUGAUGCAAAAUUUCUGUGAUUCAGCUCUUAAUUUGGAAGCCUCCGAUGAUUAUGACACUCGCAGUGAGAUGUCUAUGUCUCAGAAUGUCCCUUCAGAUGAUACCGAGCAUGCAAAAUCUGCUUACCCAACUCUUGGCCUUGAGAACUCGUUUUCUUUUAAAUUCAAGGACAAAGUAGGACAUGUCCACCGAUUUAAUUUUGGCACUGAAAGUCUAGCUGAACUCGUCUCUGCUGUUAUGCAUCGGGUGGGUGCAGACAGUGAUCAAAAUCCCCCUCAGCUUUUGUAUGAAGAUGAUGAAGGUGAUAAAGUACUGCUCACGACAGAUGAAGACCUUAUUGGUGCCGUAAUUCAUGCAAGAUCCGAGGGGCAAAAGGUUUUGAGGUUACAUUUGGAGUAUCGCUCUUCAAAACAAGAGACAGAGCAGAUAUUGUCUGAAAAGACGGAGAGUGGUGAGUCGUCAUCUACACGUUACGGCAUAUUUGCUCGUGCACUUCUUCUCACAGGCAUUGGUGUGUUAGUCUGCUUGAAGCGCACAAAAACUUGAUGAUGGCUUGUUUAUAUACUUCAUUUUUUCUCAGAUUUGAAAUCACAUUUUUGGGAUAAUUCACUAGUAAGUAGGAAGGAUCUCGGAUGACCUCAAUUUUUUUUUUUACUUGUUUUGUUUUAUUUUAUUUUAUUUUUUAAAUUCUCGCUUUGCUACUUGUGACAUGUUAGGGAAGAAGCAUUGCACUGUAUAGUGAAUAUUACUUCAAUUUCUUAUUGCAGUUGUGUGUAGUGAGUCCAUAUGAUUAACAGAGUCUC